CUUUGGCUAAUCGAUCAGAAAGUAAACCUGUACUCCACCACGCUUCCGAAGUCCCCUCGUUCACCAGAAACCCGUGAUGACGUCAAUCUGAAACCGAAAGACCCAGAUACUGCUGAGCCAUCGGAACCGCGGUUUGCGACUCUGAGGCUAGAGCCUCUCGAAUGCCGCCGCGUAUUCUACCGAAUAGUCUUGACAUCGGAUUACGAUUCUCACCGGAAUAUAGCAACAGGUCUACUCAAAUCAUGGCGACACGACUUUGGUGUCACGUUGUUCUCUUUGCCUUGGGAAACUUGUGUUGGUUUGGCCGCUUGUUUGCAACAAUCCUCCACACGAAUAGCCCCUCAAUUCCGAAAGCCAGGUCAAACUAUGGCAGGAUUCACG